UGCCGCAGGUAAAACAACAGACCGCGUCUCGCAAGCACACUCAAAGGCACUUCUAAUCCGCACCAUGUCGUUCAAGAGCCCUUCCAGGAGUUUCUCCAGCUCAAGUCUGUCUGGUAGCAUGGGGUCAAGGGGCAGUUGGUUUGGGGCCAUUUCCCCAGCCACUAUAGGGAAUCUGGCAAACACACUGCGUCCGAUCGUGCAGAUCAACAGCAGCACUUUUGCCCCGGCUGAUGAAAAAGAGACCAUGAAGGGUCUGAAUGACCCUCUGGCGGGGUAUCUGUCAAAAGUGCAACUCCUGGAGGACUCCAACAAUGAACUGGAGGAGCAAAUCAAAGAGGCUCUGAUGAGGAAAGGAGCUGAGAGCGGCAGAGACUGGAGCGCCUAUGAGAAGAUCGUUGCGGAUCUGAGAAACCAGCUCCAGGAAAUGACUAUGGACAACGCCAGACUUUUCUUACAGAUAGACAACGCGAGGCUGGCUACUGAUGAUUUCAAAGUCAAGUUUGAGUCGGAGCAGGCCAUGCGGCAAGGGGUGGAGCAGGAUCUGGCACGACUCCGCAAGAUGCUGGACGACACUUACAUGGGCCGCAUGCAGCUGGAGAGCCAGAUCGAGUCUAUGAGAGAAGAGCUGGCGUUCCUGAAGAAGAGCCACGAGGAGGAUGUCGCCAAUGUGAAGAGCCAGAUCAGCGACUCUCAAGUCAAUGUGCAAAUGGAGACUAAAAACAACGCAGACCUCAAUGAGGCCAUGAAUAACAUCCGCACGCAGUACGAGCGAGCCGCGCAGAAGAGCCACGAGGAAACCGAAGCCUGGUAUCAAAACAAAUUUGACAACAUGACAGCUGAGGUGACACUGAACACUGAAGCUCUGCAGGCAGGAAAGACAGAGCUGAACGAGCUGCGCAGGCAGAAACAAUCUCUAGAAAUUGACCUGCAGGCUCUGCACAAUAUGAUUCGGUCACUCGAAGAUUCUCUGCAUGAAACAGAGGCACGUUACGCACACGAAGUCAAUGGGUACAACUCUCGAAUCCUGCAGCUGGAGGGAGAGCUGGGACAGGUGCGCGCGCAGGUGGAGCGUCAGGCGGCCGAGUACGAUGCCCUGCUCAACAUCAAGUCCAAACUGGAGGCAGAGAUUGCCACCUAUCACCGCCUCCUGGAGGGUGUUGUUGACGACAAGGGGGACAAAAAUAGAGAGGAAUUUUCUUUAGAGCAGUCAUUGUAUGCAGCUCCUCCGCCUUCCGUCGGACUUAAGAAAGCCAUCAUCAUCACGCAAGAAAUAGUGGACGGAGAAGUGGUCUCUCAGAGCGAACUUGAGCAAAAUCCUACUAAUCACAACAACCACGUUUUUGGAGAGGAAGAGGAGUUGACAGAACAAAUGGAUUUAGCGAUGGAAAAGGCGAAAGAAGAGCAAGAGGAGUUGGCAGAACAACUGGGGUUAGAGAUGGAGUUAGCGAUGGAAAAGAAGAAAGAUGAGCUACAGGAUUGGGGAGAACAACUGGAUUUAGAGAUGGAAAAGGCGAAAGAUGAGCAAGAGGAGUUGGCAGAACAACUGGGGUUAGAGAUGGAAAAGGAGAAAGAAGAGCAAGAGGAGUUUGGAGAACAACUGGGGUUAGAGAUGGAAAAGGCGAAAGAUGAGCAAGAGGAGUUGGCAGAACAACUGGGGUUAGAGAUGGAGUUAGCGAUGGAAAAGGAGAAAGAUGAGCUACAGGAUUGGGGAGAACAACUGGAUUUAGAGAUGGAAAAGUUGAAAGAUGAGCAAGAGGAGUUGGCAGAACAACUGGGGUUAGAGAUGGAAAAGUUGCUAGAUGAGAAAGAGGAGUUGGAAGAACUGGAGUUAGCGAAGGCAGGGGCGCCCCCAAGGGGUGGCCAUAAACUCUGGCCCCCCCUGUGGCCACCCCUAGAAUAAUUUUGCAGUGGGUACUAUUAAUUUAAAUGCAUAAUGUAAAUUCACAAUAGUUCACGAAGUGAACGAAAAUAAAAUGCAGCACCCGCUGCAGCCACGAAAGAAGAUUGUAGAUUGGCGCCACCAGAGUAGCUGUUUCACUGCCCUUCUAAACAUUCUUUAUUGUUAUGAAAAUAACCCAAAGCUCAUGAAAAUCACAUACCAGUUAUAUACUAUGGUAAUCGUGUGUUUAUUAGCUUAAUGUUCUUGUGUAGAAACGUUUCUCUGGGUUUGCUGUGGACAGAACACAACGCGGAAGUGUAAGGGAAGCACAUCAUCGGGUUAUGAACGCGUAUUAUGAGUGACAGCGAAUGAGCUUCAUCGGAGUCAGAACAGCUAUUGCGGAAGAGAAAACAUACUGAGACAACGCUGGGAGUAGCUAAUGCUCAUCAGAUUGUGUAAAUCAGUGGAAAAUGAAUAGAAAUGAUGAUUCUGUCUGAAGGAAUAUGAAGUAAACGUGUAAAUAUAUAAAUUUUGCUCCCAAGUAUGCGCACUUUUGGUCUAUAAGCCCUUAAUGAUGCUGUUCAGUAAAUCUGUGAACACAAAUAAACCGCAGCAGACUAGACUGAAUAUGAAUGCUUUUUUUUAUUCUAUUCAAAAUACCAUACAUUAUUAUUAUUUAGCAAUCCUGGCAUAAAUUAAAGAAAUGCCUUUCACUGCAACCGAUUUUUAUCAUACAGUGGUCAAAUAUCGAAGCUGGAGUCUUUAAUCUUUCUAAUGAUACACGGUUUGUCCAGAUCAAGUAAGAUUGUGAUGUUUAAGCGUGCUGUG